AUGAAAAAUUUAAAUCCAACAACAACUAUACCAGUUUUAAAAACACAGACAAAUACUGUUAAUAAACAAGCUUGUGAUCCACUAACACAAAAUAGUGAGAGUUUGAAUAUUUUUAACACUAAACAAACCACAAUUAAUAAUGAUGGUACACUGAAGGGCGCUAUACCAAAAAAAAAGAUAAGUACAUUGAAAUCACCAGUACUACCAGGUAUGCUUAGAUAUGUAAGUAUUAAUAAAAGAAAUUUAAGUCCCCAAAAUAAUGGAACGUCUGUCAAGAAACAGAAGAUAGUUGAUAAUCCAUUGAUAGGCAAUCGUUUCGCACUAUUGAGCGAGGAUAAUAAUAAGAGUAUAAAAGAUGGUGCUUACGAAAAGAAAUCAUUAAAGCCACCACCAAUAUAUCUGCGUGAGUCCAGCUCGAAUAAUUUGGUCAAAACAUUUGUUGAACUCAUUGGAAAGAAUAAUUUCCAUAUUGUUCCAAUAAGAAACACCGCCUUUUCUUAUUGGAACAAUAUGCAAGAGACGAAAAUAGUCGUAUACACUGAGGAUUUUUAUAGAAAAAUCUCUCAAUACUUGAAUGAUAAUAAAAGGAAUUUUUAUACCUAUCAACUGAAAAGUAGUAAAGGGUUGACAGUUGUCAUUAAGGGCAUAGAGUCCAGUGUUGAGACUAAUGAUAUCUAG